AGGGAAAAGGAAAAGGAAGAAAAAGAAAGAAAGCGAAAUAUGAGAGAGAGAGAGAGAGAGAGAGAGAGAGGUCAUGGCGUGAUUUGCUUUUGCUUUUUUCUCUCGACAGGAAUCUUUGAAAAUCGAAAGCUCUCCAUCCUCCAAAAGAAAAUUAUAAAAAGAAACAAGGAAAGAAACCAUGAGAAAAAGAAAAUGGAAGAGGAAAUACCCUCCUUCCAAUUUCCCCUGUUUGCCAAGCAGCUGCCUACCCAGGGAUUAAAACCGAAAGCGGGGUUCAACUGCGAGGGCAGUACCGUCUUUUCGACAUUGAGAGCCCCAAGAGCAGGAAGCAUCAUCAACGGGAAAAAGAAAGAAAAAUAAAAUAAAAAAUAAAAAAAGAAAAGUAGAGAGAGAGAGAGAGAGAGAGAGAGAGAGAGAGAGGAAGUGGGAAGGUGACGAGCGGUUUUCUAAUUCCAGGAGAUUUUCUUGUGUUCUUGUGUUCGCUCGCUCGCUCGCUUUCUCUCUUUCUCUCUCUUUCACUGCGUCCGUUGGAACCAAGAGCAGUUUCCGCACGCGCAGUGAAGCACAUUUACAUUCACACUCUAAAACCUUCAUUCUCAGUUUCCAUUCUCUAUCUCACACGGCCUACAAUGUUCUAACAUGAGCAGAGGAGCUUCACGCAGCCGGUAAUGAAUCCCACCGCCGAAGCACCGCCCCCUCCGGCGCAACUGCAACCGCCCCAGCCCCAGCCGCCACGGUCCUCCUUCAGCUGCGACCGCCACCCCGAUGAGCACUUCACCGGCUUCUGCCCUUCCUGCCUCUGCGAGCGCCUCGCCGGCCUAGAUCAGUCAUUGGUCCUUCGCAAGUCUGCCGGCGCCGGUAAUUCCUCGUCUGCCACCGCCGCCGCCCUGAAGGCCAUUUUCAAGGGCGGGUCCUCCGGCGGCGGCGGAGGAUUGGGCUUGGGAGACAGGAGUAACAGUAAUAGUGCACACCGUAACAGUACCAGCAACAAGCCCUCGUCUUCGUUCUUCGCUGAGCUUCGGAGGACGAAGUCGUUCUCGGCCUCCAAGGGCGAGGGAUUCUCCGGUGUCGUCGAGCCGCAGAGAAAGUCUUGUGACGUUAGAGUUCGGAACACUCUCUGGUCCCUCUUUAGCCAAGACGACGAGCGCAAGGCUUCGAAGAAGGAACCUUGGGGUGGAGACAUUGAGGUCGAGACGAGGAACAUUGGUUCUUCGUCCGUCGCGGGUCCUGUGUUCGAGUCCAAAGAGGAGGACGAAAACGAGAACGAAAAUGAGGACCAAGAGGAGGACGAGGACGACACUGAUGAAAUUAGGGUUUCUGAGGAGGUGCCAAAUGUGAGGGAGGCGGUUGUGGAGGAAAGAGUACAAGAAAUUGUUGAAGAAGAAGAGGAGGAGGAAGAGGAAGAAGAGGAAGAAGAGCAGCAGGAAGAAGAUUUGAAGACUAUGAAGGAUCACAUAGAUCUCGAUUCUCAGAGCAAGAAGCCUGCGGGGAGAGAUUUCAAAGAGAUUGCGGGGAGCUUCUGGUCAGCGGCGUCGGUGUUUAGUAAGAAAUUGCAGAAAUGGAGGCGAAAGCAGAAGCUUAAGAAGCAAGGAAGUGUCAGUGGGUCUGCUACACUGCCAGUCGAGAAGCCGUUAGGGCGCCAGUACCGGGACACACAGUCCGAAAUCGCCGAUUACGGGUAUGGCCGGCGAUCUUGCGAUACAGAUCCAAGAUUCUCGCUUGAUGCGGCGAGGUUCUCGCUCGAUGCCGCCCGAAUAUCGUUCGAUGAUCCGCGAUACUCUUUCGACGAGCCUCGGGCUUCUUGGGACGGGUAUUUGGUCGGAAGGACUCUUCCCCGUCUCCCUCCAAUGGUAUCUGUCGUUGAGGAUGCUCCUGUGCAUGUUUCGAGAACUGAUAAUCAAAUUCCGGUUGAAGCACCAAUGAACUGCAUCAAUGAGGAUGAGACGGUACCAGGUGGGUCGGCCCAGACAAGGGAUUACUACUCCGAUUCGUCCUCCCGGCGUAGGAAGAGUCUUGAUCGGUCAAGUUCCAUAAGGAAGACAGCUGCGGCGGUUGUGGCUGAAAUUGAUGAGAUGAAGUCAGUUUCAAAUGCCAAGGUAUCGCCGGCGACCAUGGAUUACUUACAGGGACCAAAGUUGUUGGGGGCAGACAGAGAUUUUAGGGAUUCAAACUCGAACUCUCUCAGAGAUGACUGUUCCGAAAGCUUUGAAAUGGGUUUCAGAGAUGCUGCGUCAGUGGUGAUCGGAAAUGGUGACCGGAAAGGAUCAAAGAAGUCCCGCCGGUGGAAGGCAUGGAACAUUUGGGGUCUGAUAUAUCGACGAAGUGGGGGCAAGGAUGAUGAUGAAGACAGGUUUAGCAGGAUAAAUGGGGUUGAGAGGUCACUAUCGGAGUCUUGGCAGGAAUUUCGGAGGGAAGGCAAUGGGGAAGCCAGAGGGGCCUUCAACAAGAAAGUGUUUAGGAGCAACAGCAGUGUUAGCUCCAGGAAUUUGUAUAACAUUGGUGGAUCAUUUGGGGGUGUGAGGAAAAGCAGCUUGGAGACAAAUGGGCAUGGCAAGAAGAGGAAGGAUGAGUUUGUCCUGGAGCGGAACCGGAGCGCCCGGUAUUCUCCUAACAAUGUUGAGAAUGGACUCUUGAGGUUCUACUUGACACCGCUGAGGGGCAGCCGGAGAAGUGCAUCUGGCAAAAAUCGCCCAAAUAACUCGCAUUCCAUUGCAAGAAGUGUUCUGCGACUCUACUGAAUUGAAGCAAGCGCUCGUCCAAUUUUCAGAAGGUCCUAUUCUUCUUUUACCUGUCCAAGCUUGAAGCCAAUUUGGUUACGAGGGAAAGAAAUUGGGUGAUGGGAAUUAUUUGCAGGCUGCAGGUACUAACAAUUAUUUAUUGGAAGCUAUGUCAAAGCCUAGUCUAAACAGGUGUUGGUGAGGGAAGAAAUGGCACCAUUCUAAAGCAAGUCCAGCACUGGGAGGAUUCUGGAUCCGUUUGUGGAGAAUCCUAAAACAAAUGAGGAAAUCUUCUACCUCUUUUCUUCCUGCAAAUAUGUGAAACAUCUAUCUAUCCUUCUCUCUGCUUCCUGAACUAGUUUGGCAAAAGGGAUGGUUAGAUUCCAUUGAAGCAUUAAAGUGCAAGAAAUUUGACGAAGGGCUUUACUGAAUCAGGACACGGAAGCACCCAUCUUGUUCUGGAUAACUGUACUUUUUAGAAGAGAUUGGUUCUUCCCCUCAUCCUUUUUCUUUCUCUUCUUCCUGCUUUUAUAUCAUACUGGGUCUUUAUCCUGUAUUUGUAAUUGGUUAAUGGUGAAGAGUUGAAUUGGUUGAUUUAUUGAAAUAGAAAAGGGUUACUGGCUUUGGGUCUUUA